AUGGAGCGGCCGCGCAAACGCGUCAAGCUCGAAGAGGGAGAGGUCUUAUCUUCUGAUGAUGAUUGCAUCAUUGUUGAGGCGCCUAUCAGUGUCAAGAUAGAGCGCGAGUCAAAGCCGAAAGUUGCUCAAGGUUCUGGCCAUCAUCUCUCAACUUCAAAAACAAACACGGUCCCUUAUCCCUUCUGCGGCGAAUGCUGCCGAUAUUUCCAAAGCGAUGCGGAAAAAGAGCGACACUGCUCCAAAUGGCAUUACGGCAACCUAUGCCACGCAUGCGAUGAAGGAUUCCCGACAGAGUCAGAGCUACUCCAACAUAAAGCUGGCCACGCGGAGACCCCGAUCUGCUGCGUCGGCUGCGAGAAACGAUUCAAAUGUUAUUCAGGAAUGAUGGAUCAUCUUGAGCACGGCUCAUGCCAAUCAGCUUGCACUGGUCAACUUGUCCGCAGUGCUGUCGCCACUCACUGUGCGCGAUUCCACCCAUCGUCAACUCGGAAUAUCGACCUACAAUGCGCAACCUGUGACAAGAAGUAUCGCCAUAUGAGCGGGCUUCUGAAACAUUUCGAAAAGAGAUCAUGCACUUUACGAAACUGGAUCGAAGAAACAGGCUGGAUAGACUUUCUCGUCACUCUCAAAGGAUCCAUACAGGGAAAAAAGCCGUUGACUUCCCAGUGCAAUGUCUGCCGAAAGAAAUUUGAUCAAGAAGUUGCGCUUUCGAUGCAUCAGAGAGACAAACAUCAAAACACGUACUGUUGUGCUUGUGAGACAUACUUUGCCAACCCAGCCAAGAAGCAGAAGCACAUCAUAUCUAUAUCUGGUCUUUCUGGAAAGCCUGGGCAGUUUUUCUGCGACCUGUGUGACCCAAAAGUCCGUUUGGGAUCGGAAAAAGAGCUGUGCGAACAUUUGUGGCUGGAUCACACAGCGUGCGGUCCUUGUGGACAAUUGUUUGAGACCCUUGAGCUCAAGAAAAAGCACGAUGCGGCGGCUCACAAUAGGUGCGCUGUUUGUUACCGGUUCUUCGUGUCAAAUGCGGAACUCAAACAGCACCGCAAGACUCAUGCAGUCGAGCCCCCCGUCAUCGAGCCCCCUGUUGUCAAACCCGCUAUUGUACAUCCACUGCCAGUAAAACCAGAGCCGAUCCCCAACCUCCAAUGCGCAUCCAAACAACUGUACCAGUGA